GUGGUGCGUCUCCCUCCGUAGCUCAAACGCACUCCUGCUGUCCGGCUGCUGGGAAUGAGGUGAAGGAGCAGCUGGUGGAGCAGAGGCAGUGAGUCACCUCCUCGGUCCGGUCCGGUUCGGUUCGGCCAGAGCCGCGUUCAGUCCGCGCUGCGCACACACACGCCGCGCUGCGCUCUCGGGGCUUUUUUUACGCAUUUGGAGAACAACGUGGAAACAAACGCAAGUGCUGCGAGAAGACAGAGUGAGAGCAUUAAGCCCCGUCUUCACCUGGAGGAAUUUGACCGAUUGGUGACAGCACAUUCUGAAGUUAACAGCAGGACAUUUUCUAAUUUCAAAAUGAAAGGAUUUCCACUUUUGUGCAACGUGAUUCUUGGUGCGCUGAUUGUCGCCGUUUCAGCAACGAAGUUAAAUGUACCGAGACUGAAACUACCUUACAAAGACCUGCUGGCCACCAACCGCUCGUCCGUCUUCAGCGGCCGCCACGGCCAGCUCCCUCUGACCGCCGUCUUCCUGGACGAGUACCGCGACCGCCUCUUCCUGGGCGGCAAAGACGUCCUGUACUCGCUCCUGCUGGGACCCACCGACAGCGAGUCCAAGGAGAUCUCCUGGCCCCCGUUACCUGGCAACAGGGAGGACUGCAUUGAAAUGGGGAAGGAACAGACGGAGUGUGCCAACUUUGUCCGCCUCCUGCAGCCCUACAACCGAACCCACCUCCUGGCCUGCGGCACCGGCGCCUUUCAGCCCAUGUGUGCGUUCAUCAACGUGGGACACAGAGGAGAGCAUGUUUUCACAAUGGACCCUACAAAUGUGGAAAACGGACGAGGAAAAGUUCCUCAUGACCCCAGCCUGCCGUUCGCCAGCACCUUUAGUGGUGGGGAGCUGUAUACCGGACUGACAGCGGAUUUCUUGGGAAGAGACUCCGUGAUCUUCAGGAGUCUGGGGAGUCGCUCCACCAUGAGAACAGAGACGGACGAGAAGCUGCUCAAUGACCCCAAGUUCAUUGCCGCCCACCUCAUCCCGGACAAUGACGACAGGGACAACGAUAAAGUCUAUUUCUUUUUCACGGAGAAGGUGACGGAGGCGGGCGACAGGGAGGGGGCCAUUCACACACGCGUCGGACGAGUGUGUGCGAAUGACGUCGGAGGCCAGAGAGUGUUGGUCAACAAGUGGAGCACGUUCAUCAAAGCGCGGCUCGUCUGCUCUGUACCAGGACCUCACGGCAUCGACACGCACUUCAACCAGCUGGAGGACGUUUUCCUGCUGAGGACCAAGGACGAGAGGAACCCGGAAGUGUACGCAAUCUUCAGCACCAUCAGUAACGUGUUCCAGGGUUUCGCUGUGUGUGUUUACCAGAUGGCGGACAUCAGAGAAGCCUUCAACGGGCCCUUCGCUCAUAAAGAAGGCCCUGACUAUCAGUGGGGGCCCUAUGAGGGCCGGGUUCCUUAUCCAAGGCCCGGCGUGUGUCCCAGUAAAAUCACCAACCAGCCCGGCAGAGAGUUUGGCAGCACCAAGGAUUUCCCCGACCCGGUGCUGCACUUCGCCCGCGGCCACCCGCUCAUGUGGCAGCCCGUGUACCCCAGCCUGCGGCAGCCGGUGCUCGUCAAGGCCAACAUCCCGUACAAGCUCAGGCAGAUCGUGGUGGACCGGGUCGAAGCCGAGGACGGACAGUAUGAUGUCAUGUUUAUUGGCACAGACAUUGGUACAGUUUUGAAGGUCAUUGCAUUGCAGAGUGGAAACAGUCUAGAGACAGAGGAAGUCACACUGGAAGAGCUGCAAGUCUUUAAGGUGCCGACUCCCAUCACUUCCAUGGACAUAUCUGUGAAAAGGCAAGCCCUGUUUGCGGCCUCUCCGGCAGGCGUGGCCCAGGUGAAGCUGCAUCGCUGUGAGACGUACGGGCGCGCCUGCGCCGAGUGCUGCCUGGCCCGGGACCCGUACUGCGCCUGGGACGGCUCGUCCUGCGCGCGCUACCUCCCCAACGGCAAAAGGCGCUAUCGCAGGCAGGACAUCCGCCACGGCAACCCUGUGCUGCAGUGUUUGGACCAGACUCAGAGCGAAGACCUGGAUGUCACAGAGGACAGGGUGGUGUACGGGACCGAAAACAACAGCACCUUACUGGAGUGUGUCCCACGCUCUCUGCAAGCUACCGUCACCUGGCUCGUUCAACACAACGACCGCAAGGAGGAAGUAAAGACGGACGAUCGCGUGAUGCCUACGGAGCAGGGCCUCCUGUUUCGGCGCCUUUUCCGCCACGACGAAGGCGUGUACAUCUGCCAUUCCCAAGAGCAUGGCUUCACGCAGACCCUGGCCCGCUUCACCCUCGAAGUCCUACAGGGGGACACUCUGGACGAACUCAUGGCGCGCGACAACGCCGGCCUCUCGGACUCCUUCAAGGAUCGGUCGCCGGCGGGAAGCUACCGGUCCUGGAUGCCGUGCAGCGCCUACAGCAGAGGCGGCUCCUCCGGCCAAAUGGCCCAGUCACGCCUUUGGUUCAAGGACAUCAUGCAGCUGAUCGGGCCGUCGAACCUGCCACAGGUGGAGGAGUACUGCGAGAGGAUGUGGUGCAACGACAAGCUGAGGAGGAAGCACAAGAGCAUGCUGGAGAAAUACCGGCAGGCACAGGAGAGCGCCAGGAAGGCUCGCAGCAGGAACUCCGGUGAGCGCAACCGAAUGCCACGGGAUGUGAGCACAAACAGGGCGGUGUAGACGAGCGUGGGCAGCCUUAGCGAGACUAGGCUGAUGGGGGACCCUUUGGAGCUUGAAGUGGUCCAACGGGAUAAGGAACAAUGGAUUCAUGAAAUCACCGUAGGUUGGAAAGAGGCUACAGUUUGGUUCUAACUGUGGACCACAAAGACAGAAGUGUAAUGUUGUCUAUGAUGACAACACAAGAGACUGCUUGUGAUAAAAUAGGAGGUGCUGCUCUUUCGAAGCCAGGAGGAGGAAGCUUUUUUAAAUGUUGCUCACUAAGGACCCGUCCUUCGUGUGGAUUAACGUGUCAGCAACACAUGGAGAUAUUUCAACAGUUGUGCCAAGCAUUUCAGGCCUCAUUGACUCUGUGUUGGCUCAUGUUAUGAAAUUAAUUGCUCAUUUAUGAUUUCGCCUGUCACAUUAAAUUUGCCUUAGUCUUUGCAGCAUACACUUCUAUGUACAGUUGCCUUUCAUAUAAAGUGCGAUGCAGAAUGCAGCCACUAAAACCAUCUCCUUGUAUUUAAUUGUGUAUCUAUGACAUAAUUCUUAUGUCUUGGUUUAACAGGCCUUUCAGCACACUCGUUAGAGGUUUAUUAAAGUUAAUGAUGCACACCGGCUACAAGCUUGUGUUCAGGGAGUAAAAUCCCUUUCACUCGGGGAGUACAGUCAACUAAAUCAAUUAGAAACUAACAUAAGACAACUGAUGAUACUUCAGAAAAGUAAAGGCAGGCAGCACCAUUUUUCACAAGGGGCCAAUGCACUAUUCAUUAAAACACUAGACAGCAACGUCAGUCCUUAAACCCCAGGAUUAAGGCAGGCAACAACAACAACCCCUAAUAAUAAUAAUAAUGAUAAUAAUAAUAAUAAUUAGAAGACAACUGAAUACAUUCAAUACCAAGUAACCAAGUGAGGGAACUUUAACUGUUUAAAUGAUGGUAUGAUUGUGGGAUGAUUUUUAAUCCAUGUGAAUGAACCGAUGGAGCAACAGGAAAAAGAAAGCAAAGGUUUCAAAGGUACUAGAAGGAUGUUGUACUGUUGGUAUUUGUGAUUCAUACAUUUUUAUCCCUAUUAAAACACUUUCCUACAGUAGGUCAGUGUAAUGAUAAUAUCUUGUACAGCACACAGUACUUUCUACUUCCCUGUAAGUUUAUUUGUGUAGUUUAAGGAUGCGAGACUGUCUAUUAAACCAUCUAAGCUAAAUUAAACUUAUGCAUGAGAUGAUGGAGAUGAUACCUUUGUUGUUGUGUUGGUAUCAUGUACGCUUUAACUUGAAUGACUGCCGGCAGAACUGUCUACACAGUCAUAUUUGCAGUUGUAAUUGUGACUUUACUUUUCAUUCCAUAUGAAUGGAAUGGACAAAAUAAAUGCUGAUGCUCUUUUUGCUUUUGUUCCCUUCUGAAAUGACAACAGUAACCGUUACUGAACGAAUACAAGUCCGGUUAGGUUUCAUGUCGGACUAGUUGUACAAAGAAUGUUGUUGGAUUGUUUGACACUUUAGAUUUUUAACAUUAACUCUUAACUUUUAUGGUGUUCACUGUAAUUAGUUGUUAGUUGUGUGUUGACCAGAAUUCUAAUGCACAUAAAUGAUGUGAUGCAGACGAUUUCUAUCCUCUUAAGUCACAUCACCUCACUUCCUUUUAAUUAAUUAUUAAUUAAUUCCUGGAGCUCCUAUACUGUACAUAACACAGACAUGAGGUUCAGUCACUAAUGACACAGCGAUCAAAUUAACAGUAAAUUGAAAAUGAAAGGCUCAACAAGCUUUAGUAAAAUAAUCAACAUUUUGUCUGCAAUGUGGAUGGAUGUUCAAAUCAACCAAAAACAUAAAGUGUCUUCACACUAUGCUGUAAAAAUGCAAUCUGGUUGUGGGCUCUGAGUUUAAUUUAAAGCUGUAUUUAUGUUCUAUUUAAGUAUUGCUAUCAUGCAUGCUCUGUACCUGCUAUUUAACAGCAAUAAAAUGUGUUUUUUUAACCUCA